ACGAGACGAGACGACGCGACACGACACGACACGAUUCGACUCGACUCGUGAACUCUCGUAAAGAAUAAAAAGCAUAAAAACAUUGUGCAUUUUUACAAGAUUUAAAGUAAUCGGUUAACAUUAUACAAUAUCGCACGUGUACAAGAAGAAAUCUCCAUUUCUUUUUCAUAAAUUAUUCUUCAAUAUAUUUUAAUCUCUUGAAUUAUUUCGUCGCGUGGUUAGGGAGAGUUUCGCGCGUAACCUUCGUUACGAACGCACUUGGAAAGAAAGAAAAAGAGAUAGAAGAAGAAAAGGAAAAAGGGAGAAAGAGAUAGCACACACACACACACAUACACUCAUAUACAUAUCCAUAUGUAGUGUAAAGAAAAGAGACAAAAAGUGUGGGACCAACUUGAGUUUAUUCGAUUACGAGAGAAAGGGAGCGAGAGAGAAAGAGAAAAAGAAAGAAAGAGACAGAAGAUCGAAAGGACGACUAAUUAGGGAUACGCAGAGAGUUAUAGAGGAUAUAAAAACAUUAACCAUAAGCCAUGGGUAAGACGCCAAAGAAGGCGGCCCCUGGGGGCGAUGAGAGGAAUUCUUGCGUUCGGAGAAUCAAGCCAACGACCGCGUCGUCUAAAACCUCCGAAUCUGAGAAACAACGCGAGUCGGACUAUUCGAACAGACCAAGGCUGAGUAAUAUUCAGAAAAAAGUUCUUCCCAGUUCUACGAAAAAAAAUAAACUUCAUAACACAGCAAAUAGCUUAAAUCAACAAUUGGUAAAGAAUUUAUCUAAGGAUACAGUUAAAGAAGGUUCGGUGCAAAAUAUGCUUCAACAUUUGCGACAAGUAAAGCAACAAAAGAUGCAAUCUAAGUUAGAGGAAGCAGAAUCGACAAGUAGUAGUAUAUCUAUAGAGAUUGAUAAUAAGGAGGAAACCGUGAAUGAUGUAGAUAACAAGAAAGAAGAAACUACAACCAAAGACAGUAAUGCUAAUCAUACAACAGAGGAACAAGAUUCUACAACUAAUACAAAUAUCGAGAAAAAGACUGCCGAGAGUAUAGAUGAAGAUACAACAACAACAACAACAACAACAACGUCUACGAACAAUGAAACCAUUCAAUCGCAGGAUAAAGAAAACGAAAAGAAAGAUCAUUUGGAAGAGAAUAAUAAACAAUGUGACGAACAAGAGCAAGAUGAGAUGCAAUUACAUUUACGAGUGGAUGAUAGUCCUGCAAAAUCACCUGAUACUACAUCGACUAUUAGUAUAGUGAACGAUGAAAAUGAAUUGGAUGAAUUACCUCAAAUACAGGUAGUAAGUGACGAAGUUAAAGAAAAGAAAAGUUCUCAAACCGAAUCGGAAGCAGGAACAGAAAGUUGUUCCGUGGAUAUAGUAGAAUCUGUAACAUCUGAAUUAUCUGAGGCAUCUGAACCACCGAGUCAGCAGGAUACUCAGAAAGAGAGAGAAAACUUAGAUUUAAAUGCAAAGAACGAAAUGUUAGGUAUUAAUUAUGAUGCAUCGGUGACAUUGAAAGACGUACAAAUUAAAUUAAACGAUUGUCUUAAAGAAAAAUUAAAACACGUUGAAGUAUGCGAAAGUGAUGAUAACAAUAUAUCCAAUUUAUCUGCAAGCAAUACUUUUGGUAAAACUUUGCGAAAUAUUUCUGGAAGAACUGCGAUUGAUAGAUUUCGGCAUUCGUCAUCAUAUGAUUUUUGGGUUUCACCAAAUAAUAGUCAAUCAACAAAUAUAUCGAUGUCACAGUCACCACGAAGAGACACGACAAAUACCAAAAUUUUACGUUACAGUACAGGAUUGUCAGACGUAAUGUCGAGUAAUGGUAGUUUUGUAGAAAGAAAACGUAAAUUAGCAGAUUCUCCAGAAUCAACAGCUACUUUAAAGAAACAAAAAACGGAACAAAGUAGUUUAUUGAAUACAUCAAUGGAUAUUAUUAGGGGGUUACGUAAACCAAUACAAAUUUCGACACCAAAUAUAAGUUACAAGGAACAAUCUGAUAAAUUAAAUAUUAGUGAAAUAAAUGAUGGUAAUGAUAAGUUUUUAUCAAUGCAUACUACUGAAGAUGGUACAAAGAAGUGGUGUGUCAUUAUGUAAAAUAAUGGAAAAAAAAAGAAAAGAGAAAAGAGAAAAGAAAAAAAAAA